UUAUGUGUUUCCUGCCCCGUCUCCCCUCCUCCAGCAGAACACACACAGAGAGAGAGAGCCCGGUGAGGUAAACGCAGAUCUCGGAGGGGAAAGCAGAGCACAAGCGAAUGAAGAAAAUGGCGAUCUCGCAGGAUGUAUGCUUACCCUCGUAGAUGCUGCAAACGCGUUGAAUUUCUUUAGCCUUACAGUCGGCUUUCCUUUCCACUCUGUUGCACUUUAUUCUUCAAAGAGAGAUUUGGAAUUGAAAGCUGUUGCCACCAAAGAAACUGAAGCAUCUUAACAGGGAACGCACCCAGAGAGGGAAAAACGGUGGAUGGAAGAGCGAGAGAGACGGAGAGUUUGAAAAGGAAGGAAUCCAGUGAGAUAAAGAACUGGACAGAAGUGCCAGAGCAUACUUGGUCAAGACAGAGACCUUAAUCAAAACCACAGCCCCCUACACCCCUUCCCCAUCCAUACACACACCCCUACACACACAAAGUCCCCAGCAAUGCCAAGGGGGGCUGAUCAGCCUGCUGCCUGCUCUUACAAGCUCUGCCUCCUCACCUCACACCCUUGAGGCUGCGCUUAACCAAGCUUUGACCGCUGACCUCCCCGUUGCCGACCUGGGAACCAACGGUCGCUUGUUCUCCACCGAAGUCGGGGACGCCCUCCUGUCCAGCCAGGAGCUGCAGCCAGCAGUGGCACUCAAAGGCAUGGCUCCCAUUCGGGAUUCCGUCAGCCAUUCCCCUAAUCAAACAGGUUUGGAGCAUCCUGGCUUGGACUCCCAGUAUGAGCCUCCCCCCUGGUCCUCUGGCUCCCCGUGCAGCAGUGAUGGUAACAGCAACUGGAGCAAAGUCCUAGGUGACGGGAGUUCCGACAAAUCCAACAACACUUGUUCACCCAGCUCCUCUGUGUGGCCUCCCUCCUCCUCUUCAUUUUCUUGCUCCUCAUCCUCCUCUGGCUGUGGUUCAGGGUCCGAUCCGGAGUUGGCAUCAGAAUGCAUGGAUGCAGAUUCUAACUCUUCAGUCGGUUCAGAGAAGAACCUCGGCCUUGCUGCGACUACAGUGAUGAUGAUGUCAGCCAACACUUCUUCCUCCGUGUCCUCCACAGCUUCUUCCCCCUCCUCCCUGACAUCCACCAUGAUGGUUGGUGUCGGUGUGAACGGAGACAGCAACAUUUGUCAGGUCGGAGGCAUCGGAACCUUAAGCAACGCAAAUAACGAAAACAAUAUCACCGGAUCCUCACACUACUCCAUGGCUGGGUCCAGCAGUAUUGGCAGCAAUAAUAUGAGUAACCACAACAACAAGCUAUUUGGCAGUAGUGGUGUAUGGGGCUCCCAGUCAGGCAGCAACAUGAACACCAUCGGUGGAAGCAACUCUUAUAUAAAUGGAGGGUCAAACCCAAACAUUUUAAAUCCAAAUGCCAACCACGGUGCCUGGCCACAGAAUCCAACCCCAAACCCGGUGUGCCAGGGCCAAAGGCCUCCACAGGCUCACGGGAUGACUUCUAAACUGGGUGUGGUUCCUCACCACGGGCCCUUAAUGGCCUGGGGGGGCAUGGCAGCUCCAGACAGCAGCAGUAUGAUGGAAGACACUGAGGUGAAUAAUGGUACAUCGAGCAGCAAGGUGUUAGGAGGCAGCAAUAGUGGCAAUGGCGGUCUGCUGCCUAGCAACCUUAACACUGAACCCAAUGGACCAAAUAACACUAUCCUGAUGAAUACUACUACUACUACUAACGCCACAAUGACCUCUAGUCCACCAGACUCUACCGCCUCACCCCUGCUCAGCGGGGAGCAUUCCUGGGGCUCCAUUGGAGGAGGAAAUGGGGGGCCGCUGGCCAAUGGAAGCUCCUCAUUAGCUCCCCAGCACUCUCAAGGAGAAUCAGGAGGUACUGGGGCUUUUGGUACGCCUUGGGGCGCAGCUACCUACCCUGUAGACAAAGGCCCCCUUAAUGUAGACACUGUGAACUCCCAGAACUCCUCUACUGCUGCUUUUAAGAGUAAUAAUAACCACAAUAACACUGGGGCCCCACGGUCGGACCAAGGGCCCACCAACACCCCGAACCAGCCUCAAAGUAACUUGUCCUGGAGCGUUGGCCCUAAUCAAAUCCCAGGCUCUACAGGCCAAGCGCCUGGAAGUGGAAACCAAACUACUGUGGGCCCUCCAGCAGGGAUCCCUCGCCCGUGGGGGAGCAGCGCAUCCUCCUCUUCCUCGUCGUCGUCAUCGUCUUCUUCCACCUCGAACAGCAAAAUGUCAAACGGAGAAUGGGGAUCGGUGACGACUGGCAACAGUUCAGACGCAGGAAUUCAGAAAGGAAGUUCUCCCAACAAUGGGUGGAAGAGCCUCGAGGAUGACGCUAUGGGUAUGGGAGGAGCAGGAGCAGGCGGCGGGAGUCAGAGCCUGGGAGGAGUCACUGGAGGCUGGGGCUGCUCCGGAGGAAGCGAAGGAAGUUGUGAAAGCUCCGGAGGUCGAUCCAGCUCAGACAGGGACGUCAACCAGUCUAAAGGAGGAAACCGCAGGAAAGGCAACCAUACCCCGUCGAUGACGCCAGCCAUAACCCGGGUCGAUGUGGACCCGAGGGUUCUUUCCAACACUGGAUGGGGACAAACGCCCAUACGGCAGAACACCGCUUGGGACGUCAAUUCUCCCUCGGUCAAUCAGGGUCCUAAAGGGGAUGAAAGAAAGCAGAGCAGCGGGGGUUCCAGCUGGGGCACAGCAACGUCGGCAGCUCCCUCCCAGACCUCUGGAGGUUGGGGGGUUGGGCCAAGCAGCUCAGGCCCUGAUAAUGGAGGCUCUGGCUGGGGAGAGCAGAAACAAACAUCAGGUUGGGACAGUAAAGGAGGAGGUGGCUGGGAUGAUGGAUCCAGUUACAAGGGUGGUAACAGCAGCAACACCUGGAACAACAACAACGUUAAAGAGGACAGGUCAAUGACAUGGACUAAUACACCCAAAAUGCAGCAGGGUUGGGGGUCCAACAGUGGAAACGGUAGCGAGGGAUGGGGCAGCAGCGGUGGCGACGGCACCAGAACAGGAGCCAGCAACCACUGGGGGGAACCUCAGAAGGGCGCCAGCUCAGUGGGCUGGGACAGCGACAGCGACCGCUCCGGCUCCGGAUGUUGGAGCGAGCCGAGCCGGACCACCAGCAGCAGCAGCACCUGGGUAGGCAGCGGAGGACCAAAUACUCCUGACCAGAGCACUCCAAACCCCAGUUCCAACUGGGGAGACCCGGUCCACAAGCCCAACCCUCAAAGUAGCAGCCAAGGCUGGGGUGAGCCGGGGAAGAACAACCAUGGAGCUCAGAACUGGGGGGACGCCAACACUAAACCUUCUAACGAAUGGAGUAAAGGUCCUGAAUCCAGCAUGUCCAGGGGCAACCAGGGUUCCAGCAAACCCACAGGCUGGCUUGGUGGCCCAAUGCCUGCUGUAGGCCAGAAGGAGAACAUUGCAACCGGGUGGGAGGAACCUUCUCCAGAGUCCAUCCGUCGGAGAAUGGAGAUUGAUGACGGAACUGCAGCGUGGGGAGAUCCUGGUAAAUACAGCGGAGGCGCUGUCAACAUGUGGAGCAGGACCACUCAGUCGGAUCCGGAGCCCAUGGCCCCGCCCUCUCAGAAUAAACCCCACCCAGCACACAGCUCAAUGCCGCCUGUGCAGCACGUCAACCAGGACAAAACCUCCACUUCAAGCUGGGGAGAGCCCUACUCUCAGCAGAAGGAGUCUUCCUCAUGGGGGGAACCUUCAGCUGGUCCACCUGUGACGGUGGACAACGGGACAUCUGCCUGGGGGAAGCCCAUGGACACCAGCGCUGGCUGGGACGAACCCAACAAGGACGUCAGAGAAUCUGGGCCAGGAUGGGGCAACCAGCACAAGUCUGGUCCCAAGCCUAUGGAGACGUGGGGUAGUGAGGACGUGUCCAUGAGCAACAGCUGGGACCAGGAGGAGGAGGUGGAGAUUGGGAUGUGGAGCAACAACCAACAGGACAGCCGGUCUCAUGACCAGAACACGUGGAACUACAAGCAGAAAGGCCCCAACAAGAUGAACAAACCAGUCAACAAGCAGGACGACCAUUGGAAACCUUUUAUCGCCCAGUUCAACAGCAUGUCUUUCUCUAAGGACUCUCCUGACGAGUCCAUGAAGCCAGGAUCAGGCAUGGGGACGGACAAACGUAUGGACAUGAGCAGCAUGGGGGACUACAACGGCAUCAUGGGGAAGAACCCAGUUUCUCGACACCAGUAUCACAAGGACUCUGUCGUAGAUCGUCCUUACCUUGACAAGCUUUCCGCUUAUGAUAGCCCUGCUUCUGAUGAGCUCUCCUCCAAUCAAAGCAUGAGCCUUUCCCCUAGCAAUUUUGCUCAGCCUAUCCCCUGUUUCAACUCCGGGCCAUCCCCUUCCCACUCUAGUUCUGGGGCCGCUCCGCAGAAUGUAAAUCCCAUGUUGGGUGGCAGCAGCGUAGCACAGGGCCGAGGAGGCCCCCAGUCCCAACCCCCACCUCAACCCAAUCUUCGCAACCAAGUGCCUCCGACCAUCCUGCCCUCUCAGGUCCCUCCCUCUCUGCUGAAGUACCCAGGAGCUAACAGUGGAUUGAACCCUCUGUUUGGUCAGCAGGUGGCUGUGCUCAACCAACUCUCCCAGCUCAACCAGCUCAACCAGCUCAGCCAGCUACAGCGUCUUCUCUUUCAGCAUCAGCAGCAGCAAAAGGUUCAAAGCCAGAGGGCCAUGCCCAUGGGUCGUCAGACUGAACAGACGCGUCCCAUUGGUUCGUCUCCAUCAAUGAUGCAGCCUCCUCGGCAACUCAAACCGUAUCCCGACAACUACUUGUCCCAAAACACCCCAGACCUGCAGAAGGACGCUUCCUCCAUCGGCUCCUUUGGCAACUUCUCCUUUGGCUUGAACUCUAACCAGAAUGUAACCCUGGACAUGGGUGUUGGGGGUGGAAGCAGCAGUGGCGGAGGAGCUGUGAACUACAAAGAGCUGCCGCAGUCCAGACUGAAGAAACUUUGGGCUGCUGACCCCCUGGAGCAGAGCAGUAAACCUGGUGCUAUGUCGUCUGGACUCCGUCUGGACGACUCUCCUUUCUGUGAUUUCCUGUCUCCCGGCCCGUCUCCCCUGAGUCCUCCUGGUCAAUCAAUGGGCUCUGUGGGGGAUGGCUGGCCACCCCGUGCCAACUCCCCUCCUCCCCAUGGAAAUACUGUCACCUGGCCCCCAGAGUUCCGGCCCGGGGAGCCUUGGAAAGGUUACCCCAACAUCGACCCCGAGACUGACCCUUACGUGACCCCUGGUAGUGUCAUCAACAACCUUUCCAUCAACACCGUCCGCGACACAGACCUCCUCAGGGACAGGAACAACGGGCCAUCCUCAUCACUGAACACCACGAUGCCUUCUAACAGUGCCUGGUCAUCCAUUCGUGCCUCCAGCCACAGCGGUUCCCUCACCAGUACAGCACAAAGCACUUCAGCUAGACCCAGUGAGUCAAAGUGGUCUCCUGGCGGCGGUUCUGUGUCCAACUCCUCUUUAGCCCAUGAGCUUUGGAAGGUCCCCCUGUCUCCUAAGCCGCUGCCAGUAGCAGCCCCCUCCAGACCACCGCCCGGCCUCACCAGCCAGAAGCCCAGCCCCGCCUCCUCCAGCUGGGACGGCUCUGCCCUGAGGCUGGGGGGCUGGAGCUCCUCCGAGUCCAGAUACACGCCCGGCUCCAGUUGGGGUGACAGCAGCAGCUCAGGGAGAACCCAAUGGCUCGUUCUGAAAAAUCUCACACCUCAGAUCGACGGCUCUACACUGAGGACUCUGUGCAUGCAGCAUGGCCCUCUGAUCACAUUCCACCUCAACCUGCCACAUGGUAACGCCGUGGUUUGCUACAGCUCAAAGGAUGAAGCCGCCAAGGCCCAGAAGAGCCUGCACAUGUGUGUUUUGGGGAACACUACUAUACUGGCUGAGUUCGCCAGCGAGGAGGAAAUCAGCCGCUUCUUUGCACAAGGGCAGUCACUGGCCACGCCCUCCUCUGGCUGGCAGGCCAUCGGCUCCUCUCAAAGCCGAAUGGAUCAGGCUCACCCCUUCCCCAGCCGCGCCUCUGACCCCAGCCAGUGGAACAGCGGUGACCUGCACAGAUCCUCUCUGUGGGGCGGGCCCAACUACUCCAGUAGCCUGUGGGGGAACCCCAGCGCCGCUGAGCAGGGGCGGAUCAGCAGCUCCUCUCCAAUCAGCUCCUUCCUCCCGGUGGACCACCUGACGGGGGGCGGGGACUCCAUGUGAAGCGCCAGACGGGGGGCCGGGAGACGGGUCAGUAGAGAAUAAUCAGCUGAAGAAAACUGAAAGAAAAGAGUAGUUCUAAACGCAGCAGCACUAGUUGGGACUCUUUCUCAUUUACAAGAUAUUCAAGAAAACGGGGGUCCGGGGUGUCUCCCCCUGUGGAAUACAAGUUACGUUUCUCUUUCUGCACAUAUGUCCACUUUGUUUUAGCCCAAAAACAUAUCAGUCGGAAUACUUGAAUCAUGCAGGCCAAUUCUAUAAUGUGAACGGAUGGAUAUUUGCUUCCAGGUAGUACUCUUUCAGACC